AUGUCGUACAUUAACAUUCCGCGGGAUCGAAACGAUCCAAACUACCGGUACAAGAUGCCCAGGCUGAUAUCCAAAAUUGAGGGAAGAGGAAAUGGCAUCAGGACGAACAUUGCAAACAUGGGGGAAAUCGCCAGAUCGCUGAAAAGGCCGCCCAUGUAUCCGACGAAAUUUUUUGGAUGCGAAUUAGGAACGAUGGUAAAAUUUGAAGAGAAUGAAGAAAAGGCAAUUGUAAAUGGUGCUCAUAAGGAAAACGAUUUAGUAAACAUUUUAGACAAGUUCAUCGAAAUGUAUGUUCUGUGCCCCCACUGUUUGUUACCCGAAACGGAUAUCAUCGUUAAGAAGGGGUUCCUAAUAUGUAAGUGCAACGCAUGUGGAAAUAUUGGGGAGCUAAAUAAUUCUCACAAAAUUGCCACCUACAUGAUUAAGAACCCCCCCCAGAUAAGCACGCUUGGAAGUAAAAAGAAAAAAACGAAAGAUAAAAAGGUGGAAAAAAAUGGCAAGGGAAAGAGUGAAAAGGGAUUAGCAGAAAAAGGGGAUAAGAACGAAGAAACGAGAAAUGGAAUUCCACCCUCCGGAGGAGACUACGAUAGUUCCGACGGGUUAGACACAGAUAAAAGUAAUCCAACAAAUAAUGAAAACGCUAAGAAGGAUAAAAAAUCAAAAAAAAAAGAUAAAAAGAAAAACAAAACGGAAGACAAUUUUGUAUUAGAGAAGGAAUCUCUCCAUUUUGACAGUGUAGAAAUUAAGGAAGUUAUCGAAAGAUUGAGGACCCUAUUUGUUACCUUCCCAAAUAUCAGUGAAAACGACUUUUGCGAGGAACUUCGUGUGCUGCAGGUGUCUCAGAGUUUUGAUUCCAAGUGUAGAAUUUUUAUUUGUCUCUCUGCAUUAUUUGACAAUCAGAUAACCAAGGAAUUAUUACAAAAGUAUAUCAAGUACAUAAAGAAGGUCAAUGACACGUCGGUUACCGUUACGGAUAUUUUUCUCGCCCUGGAAUACUACGUUAAUAAGGUCGCUGAGAAUGCACUUAUUAUUUACCCUUAUAUUUUGCAAGUACUAUACAACAAUGAUAUCUUCGAAAGCAAGGACAUCAUUAAAUGGUAUGAUGCUGGCAGUUCUGCCACGGCCUUGUUUGAGAAGAACAACUGUGAUAGUAUUGAUGAGAAAAAUAAGUACUACCUGGAAUGCUACAAUAAAUGCAAAUGCAUGGCGAAGCAUUUCGUCAGUUGGUUGAAGGAAAACGAAUCUGAUGAUGACGAAUCGGAGGAGGAAGAUAGCCAAGUUAGUAACCACGUGAAUAGCAACUUAACCAGCUACAAAGUGAAGUCUUUGCGAAAUAAUGACGACAAAAUGAGGGAAACCCAAAACGGGGGUAGUACAAAUAACGCAAUCGCCAACGAUAACGAUAAGGUGUUUGAAGACUCCAAGAGUGAAAAGUACGAGGAAGAAAUAUUUUUGGAUGCCAAAGAUGGUAUGAAUUACACGGGCGACGAGGAGGAAAUCGACAUCGAUGCGAUUUGA